UAUGUCAUCUCUGACGUUGCCAUGCUAACUGCUAGUUCUGUCUCGAAGUUGUACUUAUAUAAACCAAUAAAAACAUAUAUAUUUUUGACAGUAGUUGCUCUAGCCAAUAGGAGACGAGAAAAGGCAAAACCCAAAUCACCCGGGAAACGUUCCUGAGUCAGUGCAGGCAGACGAUCCUGAUAGAAGACACAGCUUCGAUGGAGAACACAAGAAAAUCUGAGUAUGAACAGCAACUCAAGAAGCGCCUGGACAAGGUGACUGAUGAGUCUCUGGAUGUUACAAGGAGGAUGGUGCAACUUGUAGAAGAGAGCAAAGAUGCUGGAAUUAGGACUUUAGUGAUGCUGGAUGAACAGGGAGAGCAGCUUGAUCGAAUCGAUGAGGGUCUGGACCAUAUUAAUCAAGAUAUGAGAGAGGCUGAGAAAAACCUGACUGAUAUGGGGAAAUGCUGUGGGUUAUGUUCCUGUCACAGGCUAAAGUGCAGCGCCACAUACAGGGCAGUUUGGGGUAAUUCACAUGAUGGGAUUAUUUCUGCUCAGCCUUCUCGUGUUGCAGAUGAAAGAGAGCAAAUGAUGAUGAGUGGAGGAUAUAUUAGGAGAGUGACUAAUGAUGCCCGUGAAGAUGAAAUGGAAGAUAAUUUGGCUCAGGUGGGAAGCAUUCUGGGUAACCUCAGGAGCAUGGCCCUGGAUGUGGGUAAUGAAAUUGACAUUCAGAACAAGCAAGUUGAGAAAAUAAUGGAGAAGGUUAAAGCAAAUGAAGAUCGCAUUAAAGAUGCCAACACUAAAGCCAAAAAAAUUCUCAAGAGUGUCUGAAGCUAAACUGUAUCUGUUUGUGGAGGAAAAGAUCUACAUUCCUGUCACCUCGCAUUCUAGAAGUAAUAUUAAUCAUUUUGUAUUCGGAAGACCUGUUAUACUUCACAACUCUCUGCUACAUAUCUUAGAGAUUCAACAGACCUCAAUUCUGGACCUCUGUCCCCCAGAACAGUAUUCAUUCAGUUGUGUAUUCAGUUGUAAUUAUGCCCCAAAUGAAAAGCCUUAUCUAUACAACACAGCUUACAAAGUGUUCUCUUGUGAUCUUUUUAUUCCAGUCCUCCAACUUUUUAUGGAGCUUCCUUU